AAGAAAGGCUUGGCAUUGGAUCUCAAUUCAGAACGAUGGAAGCCCAACUCAGACUAUUCAAUUUCAGCCACUCCACUUUGGCUCGCAAUCGCAACUUUCUCUGCAAAACAAAACCCAUCUCCCACGCGCUCCCUUCCCUGUCCCUCCCACGCGCCGCCUCCAGGGCACCCAUCUCCGCCGCCCUCACGCGCCCACCCGUUCCUCCCAACUCCAACCCCAGCACCUUCCCUUUCUCUUCCCAAUCUCUCAACUUUUCCAACCCCGUUUCCAACGCCCCCAACCCCUUUCUCUCCCACUCGCUAGGUGGCGCGUUCACAUGGAGCCCCGCUUCCGACGCCCCAACCGCCGCGCUUUGCGGAGGCGGGGAGCGUGUCGCCACGGUGGUGCUGCUGGGGUGGCUCGGAGCGAGGACCAAGCACCUCAAGAGGUACGUGGAGUGGUACAACGCGCGUGGCGUUCACGCGGUUACCUUCGUGGUGGACGUGAAAGAGCUUCUUCGCUUUGACCUCGGCCACGUCAUCGAGAGCCGAGUCUCUCUCCUCGCCGACCGCCUCGUUUCUUGGGUAUCUCGCGACGAGCACGAUGGGAGAGAACGGUGUUUGGUUUUUCACACUUUCAGCAACACGGGUUGGUUUGUCUACGGUUACAUUCUUGCCCGAAUGAUGGGUAGCGAGGAUCUCAUGAAGAAGAUUAAGGGAUGCGUUGUUGAUUCCGGAGGAGGAGAACCUUUCAAUCCACAGGUCUGGGCUGCUGGUUUUUCUGCAGCCAUAUUAAAGAAGCGCAGCUCUUUAGGACCUGUAGUUGAGGUAGAAGGCAAGCUUAAAUCAGAGGCUGAAGUUAGCUUGUCAAAGGUUCAACAAAACGAACCUUGCACAAUUGAAACUGUGGUCUUGUCACUAUUAGAGAAGAUUUUCUCGUUUGUUUUGCAGUUGCCAGAUGUGAAUCAGAGGUUAACAAGGGUUGUAAAUGUGCUCAUGAAACACCAGCCUUGCCCUCAGCUUUACCUGUAUAGUACAGCUGACAAAGUAGUUCCAUUUCGAUCAAUAGAAGCGUUGAUUGAGGAGCAGAGGAAGUUGGGGAGGAGGGUAAGGUCCUUUAACUUCGGCUUAUCUCCCCAUGUGGAUCAUUAUAGGACAUUUCCCGACCUAUAUUUAUCACAGCUUACUGAAUUUUGGAACCAAUGUUUUGCCACGACCAAACAAACAACUUACAAGUCUUAAGUACCCUUUUGGAGUGUAAAUUUUUUGCAUAGCAUUAUUCCAUCAUGGAAUUUGCUUCUUUUACACUACAUUUGAAACCGGUGACUCAGAAGGAAGAAAAGGAGAUGAAAAAGAGUAAAGUGGAUAACCCUUGCUCUGUUUACUUCCUCGUUAGUGUGUGUGUGUAGUAAUUGAAGUUGGAAGGAGGGGGAGGGAAGAGGAUGGAAAAGGGUGGAAGUUGAUUUUAUUAGUGUUUAGUGUAAUGAAUUUGUGUGGAAAUGAGAGGAAGAUGUGGUGAGACCCACAUAUUUUUCUGUACCUCCUGAUAUGAGAAGAUUAGAAGAGAAGUUAGGUUGUUCUUUAUGAAUUAUACAAACCUUAUCAAAUUUAGAUGUUAUUUGAUAUGUAGUUAUAUUAAUUCAAAUUAACAUAAGAAAAAUAUUAAAGAUUAA